UCAAUGAACAAAUUGGGUCCCUUAUUUGACUUCAAACUAUUUAACUUGGGUUUAUAUUGUAUCAAGUUUGCCCAAGUCUUGACCCACCUCGUUGGGCUUUUUUUAAGCCCAAAUUUAACAAUUUGAAUGGACUUCAAUGGAGCUUAUAAGUUACAACGGUGUCCAAACAACAUUGUACCUUUAUUCAAAUAACCUCGUUAAUUUCUUACUUUUUUUUUUGUUUAUAUAGAAAGGGAAUAAUAAUAAAAAAAACCUCAUCAUUCCAACCUUGCAUGUCUCGUGAAUUGCCUUUAUUGCUCUGAAACGGUGGGAUAUGUUUCCAACGGCUAAACACACAAGGUGAAUUAGCAGCAGGCCAUGGCCUUCAGGGCCCAACCGGCGGUGGCCCUCAUGUGAAGCUCACGCCCAUUCCACUUCCCUCAAAUUAAUAUCUUUUCAUCAUAUAUACAACUAUGUUUCACCUCAAUUCAACUUUUGUGUUUUUUACCGAGAAUCCAUGGAAGCUUUGUGGGAUUUGGAGGAGAAAUGGAAGCUGACAACCCAAGAAGCUGUCCUCCUCUUAGCCUGUGCCGCCUCCGCUGUUGUAGGGCUUUGUGCUGCGACGGUCCUCAAGAAGAAAAGAAAGGCCCAAAAGAAGCGAAUGGUGGACCGGGACGGGGUGGCAGAUGGAGCGGUGCAAGCAAAAUGGUGUGAGCCUAGUUGCAACUGGGUCUCGGCUAAGAGGGUGUUGAUGGGAUCGGUGAUGUGGAGCGGAGCUAAUAGGUGGGGGGAGAGGAGCUUCGGUUGGGAGGAGAGGCCACCACCGUUGCUUGGCUUGGAAGGGUAUGACUCAUGUGCAGGGUGGCGAAGCCAUAACUCAGACUCACCGGUAUGGCAACGGCCGAUACUUAUGGGGGAGAAAUGUGAGCUCCCACGGUUUAGCGGACUCAUUUUGUACGAUGAAAGAGGCCAGUUGCUUGAUCAUUCUGUCAAGGGAGGUUCUGACCAGCAAGAUACUCUCCAGGAGAAAACCACUGCAGCAGUGAGAACAACUCUGAGGGACCUGCUCUAAUUUUUCUUUGUAAACCAGUUGUAACAAGAAACAGGGUUUUCAGGAAUGUGAUUGAGCUUCUCCACUUAUGUACAAAUUGUCCCAUGUCCUCUUGCAUCUCAUAUAUUAGUAUCUAAUAGAGCUAUUUCAUCUUUAA